ACGCGUACAAAAGUUGCUUGUAAUCGUCGUCGUCCUUCUACCAAACUGAGCUGUUCUUCGUAAAAAUAUUAAAAUAUCUCGCAUUUUCCGUAACAUUUGCAGCCUUUAAUCACUGAAAAUGCCGGACCAUCUCGGAGAUGAUAUGCGGAAGGUCAAGGUUGACAAGGAGGCCGAGCCGGAAAUCGAAGCUCUUGACGAUGUCGACAUCGAGCUGCUGAAAACCUACGGACAAGGCCAGUACCACAAAGCCAUCAAGCAAAUCGAGGACGACAUCCAAAAGUCCAUCAAGCAGGUCAACGAGUUGACCGGAAUCAAGGAAAGCGACACCGGGUUGGCCCCGCCGGCGCUGUGGGAUUUGGCCGCGGACAAGCAAAUCUUGCAGAAUGAGCAACCGUUGCAGGUUGCCCGGUGUACAAAGAUCAUCAACGCGGAUUCCGACGAUCCGAAGUAUAUCAUCAACGUGAAGCAAUUUGCCAAGUUUGUGGUUGAUCUGGCCGAUUCCGUUGCUCCGACCGACAUCGAGGAGGGAAUGCGCGUUGGCGUUGACCGGAACAAGUAUCAGAUUCAUAUUCCGUUGCCGCCGAAAAUCGAUCCCACGGUGACCAUGAUGCAGGUCGAGGAGAAGCCGGACGUGACCUACAGCGAUGUCGGCGGAUGCAAGGAGCAGAUUGAGAAACUGCGCGAAGUGGUGGAGACUCCCCUGCUGCAUCCGGAAAAGUUUGUUAACCUUGGCAUCGAGCCACCAAAAGGUGUGUUGCUGUUUGGACCGCCCGGAACCGGCAAAACCCUGUGCGCACGAGCGGUUGCGAACCGUACGGAUGCCUGCUUUAUUCGAGUGAUUGGAUCGGAACUGGUGCAAAAGUACGUAGGCGAAGGUGCCCGCAUGGUUCGCGAGCUGUUUGAAAUGGCCCGCUCCAAGAAGGCUUGUUUGAUCUUCUUCGACGAAAUCGACGCAAUCGGAGGAGCUCGAUUCGACGAUGGUGCCGGUGGUGACAACGAGGUCCAGAGAACCAUGUUGGAGCUGAUCAAUCAACUGGACGGUUUCGAUCCCCGUGGUAACAUCAAGGUCCUGAUGGCCACUAAUAGGCCGGAUACGUUGGACCCGGCACUGAUGCGUCCAGGUCGUCUCGAUCGUAAGGUUGAGUUUGGUCUGCCAGAUCUGGAGGGCAGAACGCACAUCUUCAAGAUCCACGCCCGAUCAAUGUCCGUUGAACGGGACAUCCGUUUCGAACUGCUCGCGCGUCUCUGUCCCAACUCGACCGGGGCCGAAAUCAGAUCGGUCUGCACGGAAGCGGGAAUGUUCGCUAUUCGGGCUCGGCGCAAGGUGGCCACCGAAAAGGAUUUCCUCGAAGCCGUCAACAAGGUCAUCAAGAGCUACGCCAAGUUUAGCGCCACUCCGAGAUAUAUGACUUAUAAUUAGAUCUAUUUCCUAGAACAUCGUAUUAAUAUACCUUGAAAAUAAAUAAACUGCUACCCUUGAUAAUCAUAAA